AUGACCAAAAUUUUUCCUUCAAUUGGUGAAGAAGAUUAUGGACACUUUAAAAUGCUUGAUAAUAAAGAGUUAGAAAAGGCUCUAGGUAUUAUGAAUAAUUUUUUAGAUAACAAUGAUAUCAAUACAUCGCAAAAUUCUGGUUUUACAAUUUUUACAACAUUGUUAUAUGCUAUAUUAGCACUUUUAGGAUUUAUUGGAAAUCUAAUUUUUUGCUUAGUUAUAUGGAAAAGUGAAAAAUUACAUACAGUAACACAUAUGUUAAUGACAAAUUUAGCUGUUUGUAAUUUAUUAUUUGUCCUUUUUCAUCCACCAUUCUUUGUUACAACAUAUAUUUUGCAAAAAAAUUGGAUUUUUGGUAAUUUAUUAUGUAAAGCAUCAAAUUCAAUUGUUUAUAUAACAGCAACUGGAUCAUUUUAUUUUAUGUCAUUAGUAGCUAUUGAUAGAUGGUUGGCUAUCUUUUGUCGUCGAGCACGUCUUGAUCGACGUAGAUGUUUUUUAUUAACAAUUAUUGUAUGGCUUAUAGCAAUUGGUGUUUCAUUUCCAUAUUUAUAUUAUAGUGCUCCAGUUAAAGUUGGAGAUGUUGGAUUUCUUGAUAUAUUACCUAAAACUUAUGAACAGGAUAUUGGUUCUGUUAAAAUACAAUGUGCUAUAGAUUGUCAAGAUUGUCAUAGAACACUUCAAUUGGUAACAAUUGUUGCACAAUAUUGUAUACCAUUAGCUAUUAUGAUACCAUCAUAUAGUCAUUUGGCUAUUUAUUUAUGGAAACGCCCAACAAUUGGUAUUCAAACAAAAGAAAGGUGUAAAAAAGCACAAAUAAGAAGAAGAAGACUAUUAAUAACACUUCUUGCAAUUGUUGGAUCAUUGAUAAUAUGCUGGUCACCAUUAUUUUCUGUUGGUGUAUUACAUUCAUACAAUAUAAUUAAAAAUGAUUCUUUAUCAUUAUAUAUUUAUACAUCUAUGGUUGCAUUAUUUGGUGUUUUUUUAACACCCUGUUUUUAUCUGUUAAAUGAUGGAUUUAGACAACAAACAUUACUUUUUCUUCCAUGUUUAUUUCCUCGCAAUAAGGAAUCUAAAAAACAAUGUAGUGCUACCCCAUGCGAACAUUCACAUUUAGAAAAGCAUCCUAAAUUAAAAGAUUCUUUUAAUGAUGAUGAUACUACAAGACCAGCAAUUACUCCAUUAUUACGGAAUUAUUCUCAUUCAAGCAGAUUAAAUGUUUGUGAUACAUAUAAUUCAUUUAAAAAUUCAAAUGACGAUAAAUUAAGUGUGGUGUAG